CGGAUCUCCAUCCAUCAAGCGUAUCUUCAUUCGAACCACAUUCUGUUCCUACCACAGGUCCGCAUCGACUCACGCGCCAAUCGAGCCCACCGGAGCGCGAGUCCCGGCCCGGCGAGCCGGCCGCCCUUUCCGAGCUGGCCGCUAAAAUACUCCGAGCCGCCGCUCUCGCGGUCUCACUCACUCACUGCCACGCCACACACUUAAUACUAAACCGAAUGCAAAGCCACGUGCUUAACAACACUAAUUAAUUCACUCCCACUUCCACCUGCAGCGUCACGCCUCCACUAAACAAAGCCACCAGCCAAUUCUCUCUCAGACUCUCACCACUCAACUCUGUCCCUCUCUCUCCACAAUGGAGUGGUUGGUGCUUAGGGUGGCCUGCCAAUAGCCCAAUAGUGGAGGGAGAGAGAUGGGAAAGGGACUAGGGGGAGGAGUGCGCUGCUGCUCCAUGGCCUCUUCUCCUCAGCUCCUCUUCCUGCUCCUCGCUUCGCUUUGCAGUGUGGUGGUGGCGGCGACAGACACGCUGCAGCAGCGGGAGUCGCUGUCGGGGGCGGCGACGCUGGUCUCCUCGCCGUCGGGGGUGUUCGAGGUGGGUUUCUUCCCGCCGGACCCCAAGCUGCCGUCCCGCCUCUACCUCGGCAUCUGGUACCACGGCAUCUCGCCAAGAACCGUCGUCUGGAUCGCGAACCGCGUCGCGCCGGCCACAUCAUCAUCGCCGUCGCUCACGCUCACCGAGACCGGCGAGCUCCGCGUCCUCGACGGCGGGGUGAACGGCUCCGCGCCGCUCCUCUGGUCCUCGAACAUCUCCUCGCCGGCCGCGCCGCGCGGGGGCUAUUCCGCGGUCAUCCGGGACUCGGGGAGCCUCCAGGUGAGUAGCGAGGACGGGCCGCUAUGGGACAGCUUCUGGCACCCGGCGGACACCAUACUGUCCGGGAUGCGCAUCACCGAGCGCACGCAAGGGAGGAGCCCCUCGGAGCUGAUGCGGUUCACGUCGUGGGCAAGCGAGACGGACCCCUCGCCGGGGCGCUACGCGCUCGGCCUCGAUGCCAACUCCGGCCAGGCCUACAUCUGGAGAGACGGCAAUGUUAUCAUCUGGAGGUCGGGACAAUGGACUGGGGUGAAUUUUAUAGGCAUUCCAUGGAGGCCACUCAACAUGAAUGGGUUCAAACAGGGAAAUGAUCCAGUCUUAGGAGGAGUAUACUACACUUACACUGCAACAAACACAUCUCUGCAGAGGUUUGUUGUCCUGCCAAAUGGCACAGACAUCUGCUACAUGGCUAAGAAGUCUCCACAAGAGUGGGAGACUGUCUGGUGGCAACCAUCAAAUGAGUGUGAAUACUAUGCCACAUGUGGUGCAAAUGCAAAAUGUACUGUGGUGCAAGGUAGCAAGGCAAAAUGCACCUGCCUGAAAGGUUUUCAGCCGAAGUUGUUGGAUCAGUGGAAUGCAGGAAACUGGAGUCAAGGUUGCAUCAGGAGCCCACCUUUGGGUUGUCAGGUCAACCAAUCCGGGGAUGGAUUUCUUUCUAUCGGAAACGUAAAGUGGCCUGAUUUCGCGUAUUGGGCAUCCGGUGUGGCAGAUGAGACUGGGUGCAGGACUGCCUGCCAGAACAACUGCUCAUGUGGUGCCUAUGUUUAUGUGACUACAAUAGGGUGUCUAGCCUGGGGUGAUGAACUAAUUGAUAUCCACGAGUUGCCGACUGGGGGAUAUACCCUAAACCUGAAGCUUCCUGCUUCUGAGUUACCAAGAGGACAUCUUGCAACUUGGAAAAUAGCGACAAUAGUAUCUGCUGUGGUGCUAUUUGUUUUGGUAGCUUGCCUCAUUCUGUGGUGGAUGUGGUGGAAGCGUGGCAGAAAUACUAAAGAUGCUGUGCACAUAAGUUGGAGGUCAAGACAUUCAUCUACCCAGUCCCAUCAGGCUACUGCUAUGCUCGAUAUCUCACAGUCGAUUCAUUUUGAUGAUGAAGUGGAGGAUGGAAAAAGUCACGAACUCAAAGUAUACUCCCUGGACUGCAUAAGAGCUGCUACAUGUAAUUUUAGUGACUCCAACAAGCUUGGAGCAGGAGGAUUUGGUCCUGUCUAUAUGGGAAGAUUACCUGGGGGAGAAGAAGUAGCUGUGAAGAGGCUCUGUAGGAAUUCAGGUCAAGGCCUUGAGGAAUUCAAGAACGAGGUCGUACUUAUCGCAAAGUUGCAGCACCGCAAUCUUGUAAGACUACUAGGGUGCUGCAUACAGGGAGAAGAGAAGAUCUUGGUGUAUGAGUACAUGCCUAACAAAAGCCUAGAUGCAUUCCUCUUUAAUCCUGAAAAGCAAGGGCUUGUAGACUGGAGGAAACGGUUUGAUAUAAUUGAAGGUAUUGCUAGAGGGCUGCUAUAUCUCCACCGGGACUCAAGGCUGCGUAUUGUUCACCGUGAUCUCAAGGCCAGCAACAUUCUCCUGGACGCAGACAUGAACCCCAAGAUAUCAGAUUUUGGGAUGGCAAGGAUAUUUGGUGGGGAUCAAAACCAAUUCAACACAAAUCGUGUUGUCGGGACAUUUGGCUACAUGUCUCCUGAAUACGCAAUGGAAGGCAUUUUCUCAAUCAAGUCUGACGUUUACAGCUUUGGAGUCCUGAUCUUCGAGAUCAUCACAGGAAAGAGGGCUGUGAGCUUCCAUGGUCAUCAGGACUCACUGAAUAUUGCAGGAUAUGCAUGGCGGCAAUGGAACGAAGAUAAGGGUGCGGAACUGAUUGAUCCACUGAUAAGAGCAUCGUGCCCAGUUCGACAAGUCUUGAGGUGCAUCCACAUUGCGUUGCUAUGCGUGCAAGAUCAUGCUGAUGAGCGUCCCGACAUCCCUGCCGUCAUCCUUAUGUUGAGCAGCGACAGCUUGAACCUUCCCAACCCGAGGCCGCCUACCCUGAUGCUUCGAGGCCGCGACAUUGAAACAAGCAAAUCAAGUGAGAAUGAGCAGAGCCACUCCAUUGGUACUGUAUCGAUGACACAGUUGCAUGGAAGAUAGAAUAGCAAGAACAAUAUACUGGAAUUGCGAUAUCUUUGUGUCUUUUUUACCCUUUCUGAUGUUGAUAAUAUGCUGUUUGGUGUAGAUUACUUUAUGUUAUUCUUUCUGUUUUUGGGUGUGUGUGUUAGGGGUUGGGUCACUUCAAUUUGUAUGAAAAAAUCGUAGUGACAUUUAGUUUUCCAAAAGGAAAUAUGAGCAGGUGAGUGUAGUACUGUCA